UGUUUAUUAAUUUACAAUAAAAUACAAGUUUAGUUAUCAUUAAAAAAAAAAUGUCUCAAAACUUUGAGUACGUAAUCCCUCCAUGGGAAGCAGAAAUGAUCAUCAAAGAUCUAUCGCCUUCCAACCUCGAGGAAAUUGGGACAAAGCUCUGGUUCGAGUACCACAAAAAGCUGAUGCACUUAAGUCAGCAAAGUGUGUUAGAGAUCACUCAUAUGCGUGAGGAAACAAUUAAAGAGUGGUUCGUAACUUUCCAAAAAAUUCCUAUUCUAAUCUUCGAAGCCAUACAAAUUUCCGUGUGGAAACAAAAAAUAUUUCCGCGACUCCUGGAGCUCGAUGAGGAACCUUCCAACACUUUCAUGCUCUACAGUGUUUUAUACCACGAAAGCAUCGCAGUUUCGUUACUGGAGAAUAUUUUGUACCACUCUGACAGCAUAGAGUCUCUUGAAGACCCAUCUCUUGAUUUAAUAGACUACGCGGUUUCUUGUAUUACUGAAAUUAUUUUUCCUAAAGAGCAAGACCAGGAUGAUAGUAAUAACAUCAAAGAAGAUCAAUCUUGUCUUGAAGAGCUGUUACUAAAAAAAAAAGAGAUAGAAUUCGACAUCAGUAUCAAAUGCAUCUCAAUAAUCGGUUACCUGGGAAGUUUUGCUGAUUCCUUACCUCUGGCUACUUUAAAACGUUUGCUAUCAACUCACGAUGUUCCUUAUUUGUUCGCUCAAUUGAUUGAAUUGCGUCCUUGGAUAAAAGUAGUCGAUGGAACUAGAAUGAUUUAUUCCACUAUCGGAGUCUGGGAAAAAUUAAAAGAAGGCGAGGAAGACAAAGUUUCUAAAAUAGAAGGCCAAGUUUGGUUUGGACUCCGCGAACUUCUUCUCAACCCCAAAGCCGCUACUUAUUACCAAGUUUCCGAGUUUAGAAUAUCUGCGUUGGCUAAGCUGCAAAAGUAUUUACAUGAAAGAGUGCUUGAUCAGAUUCCUCCGCUCGUCGACUUUCGUAGGUGGCUUAGUUGUUUAAAUGUCACCUCGCAGGUUCCUGAUUCCAAGCCUGGUUUUUGUGUUGAAAUUAUUCCUCAAAUCAGGUCGUCAAUUGUUGAUAAGUAUAAAAAGAAGUGGAAAAAAAUUGCUGAACAACAGUCGGAAUAUUUUUUUGCUAAAAAUAUUGAGUAUGUUCAAAACAUGGCGCAAGUUUUAAGCGAAGCUUAUGAUUUGGAUAAAUUAGUUAUUGAUGAUAACAAGUGUGUAGUUUGUCGCAGCUUGGCUAAUAAACGAUGUUCCAAAUGUAAAAAAGUUUGGUAUUGCGGAAGAGAAUGUCAAGUGAAAGAUUGGACAACUCACAAAAAUGAAUGUGAAAAAAUAAGUAAGGACCGCGACUAAAUUUAUCAACGCGUUUAUUAAAUUAAAUUAAAUUAUUAUUAUUAGCUAUUAUCAAUUAAAUUAAAAAAAAAACAGU